GCUCAAUUAACCAAAGAAAAAUGAAUGUAUUGCAUUAGUGUUAGAAAGGAAGAAAAAAGUAUAAAACGUUUAAUCAAAUAUGAUCGUUAGAAAUUCCGCUACCAUAUCAGGUGCUACCUUCUGCCUAAUCAAAUUACUUUCGCCAGUUAUAUAUUGAACGCAAUACAAGCAUUAUACGUUACGCUAAGUAAAAAAUAAACGCUUCUUCAUCGACAACUAAUUAUUGACAUCGGCAUCGAAAAGCAAGAAAAAUGCACGUUAAAUUCUUUUAUUUAAAAUUAAUGUAUUUAUGUAAUGUGUUUUGGCUGACAUUUACAGCUGUAGAGCCAAUAGAUGUACAAAGUGCAUCAAAAGAAGUUUACAAGAGAUUAUUAAGUUUGCGUACUCUACCCUUUGAAGACUGCGGAUCUCAAUAUGAUGUACUGUAUGUUAGUGUUUCAGGCUGUUCUGCAAUACCUUGCCAAAUGACUCGAGGUUCAACUGUGACGGUAAAAGUUAUUUUUGAUGACAACGGGGAAAAUACUUCGUAUUUAAGGCACAACGUUCGUUGGAUAUUUAAUGCUAUUAAAACAAACGCCGUCAUUACUCCAGAUCCUUGUGACGAUAAAAAAAGCUGUUUACUUGAUGAAAGCGAUGGAAAAUCCUAUCUUGCUGAGGUUUUUGUAAGCAGCACUCUUCCUAAUAUACGUGGUACAAUGAUGUGGGUAGCAGAGAACGCGAGCAAUGCUGAAGUUAUUUGUUUUAAAAUCCCAAUUAUUGUAACCACAACCAAAUAGUAAUGUUUCAUCUAAUAAAUUUACAUGAAGUUACAUAUUAUGUAUGCAUAAA